AUGGUUGAGCAUACUCUCCGACCAGAUUAUCACAUAGGGCAUGUAUUAGUGAAAGCAAUGCAGCAACAUUCGGCGUUGCUUUAUCAGAUUGAUGGAGCAACAGGAGAAACAGAAACAUUUGGGUCUGUUCUAAGCCGCUCUAUUCAUUUGUCCAAAUGUCUCCGUAACUUUGGUCUGAAUGUUGGUGACGUGGUGGCUGUUGGCGGAUGGAAUCACUUGGAUAUCAGCAUACCGAUUUACAGCGCCAUUUUUAAUGGCAUGAUUAGUGUUGGUGUUUCGCCAUAUUACAAAUAUCAUGAGAUUAAAGAUCUUUUCACCAUUACAAAACCAAAGAUAGCGUUCUGUGAAAGAAACUUAUUUAAAACAUACAUAAAAGUUACGGAAGACUUGAAAUUAAACACAAAAAUUGUCGCAUUUGGACAUGGAGACGAUUCAUGGUCAGAAUUCAUUGAAAAGUAUGAUGACGAUGAAGAAGAUGAAAAGUUUAAAAUUGGAACAAAUUCGUUACACUUAGCACCAGUAAACUCAAUCGGAAAUUAUCUUGUUAUGAUUUCACUACCUCUUCUAGGACAAUGCAAGGUACAAUCUUCAAUUCCCGAUGAUAUAAAUAUUGUUGUUAACAUGAUCAAUAAAUACAAGCCUAUAUCCAGCUAUCUAAAUCCACACAUGUUGGCAGAGAUAAUCAAAAGAAAAGAUCUGGUCGAUCUCACCUGCAUGAAGGAAUGCAUGAGUACUGAUUCAGACCUAUUCGAACAUAUGGGACAAACAGAAACCCUAGUAGACCCUGAAUCGGGAGACGAAGUAACAGAACCCAACGUACUUGGAGAAAUGUGGAUUAAGGGACCAUGCCUUAAGGAAUACUAUAAUGAUCCGGAAGAAACUCAGAAAGUUUUUUCUAAAGAUGGAUACGUGAAGACGGGUGAUCUUUACUACAGAGAUGAAAAUGAUUUUUAUUAUUUCAGCAAUAGAAUUAAGACCAUCAUUAAAUGGAGAGGUUGUACUGUAUUACCCGGGCAAAUUGAGGAUGUAAUUAGAACUCACGAAGGCGUUAAAGAUGUAUGUGUGGUGGGUAUUGGUCAUCCUGAGGAUGGAGAAAGACCAACAGCGUGUAUUAUACGAGAGGAAGGAUCCAAUGUAACUGCGCAGGAAAUCAAAGAUCUGGUUGUUGAAAAAUUAUCAGUGAAAAAGGAACUGCGCGGUGGAGUCGUAUUUUUCAAGGAAUUUCCAAUGACUGCAACAGGGAAAAUAGCAAGAAAAAUUAUUGUAGAUAUUGUCUCAAAUACUACGAUUGAAUAA